AUGCUGCGAUUGGGGGCCGCCUGCCCUGCGUCAUGUGUGGUGUGUACCAAAGAUGUAACCCUCUGUCACCAGCUCACCUAUAUAGUAGCCGCCCCUGUGACUACGAGGGUUUUAAUCAUCACGGAUGGAAACCUGUCCUUGAUCCAGAGCACAAAUCUGUCUCUCCUGUUUAAUCUCGCCCUGCUCUCACUGAGCAGAAAUGGCAUCGAGGCAGUCCAGGAAGAUGCCCUGCACGGCCUUGCGCAGUUGCGCACGCUGCUGCUGGCGCACAACCGCCUGCCCAGUGCGGCGCUCUCCGCGCGCACCUUCUGGGGGCUCCGUGGCCUGAGCGUCCUCGUGCUCAGCAACAACGCGCUGCGCACCGUGCGCGGGGCCUGGUUCCGAAACACCCGCGGCCUCACGCGGCUCCAGCUGGACGGGAAUCAGAUCACCAAUGUCACAGCCGCUUCAUUCCGGGGCGCGCGUCUUCACAGUCUCAGGCAUCUGGAUCUCUCCAACAACUUCAUUUCCUACAUUGGGAAAGACGCCUUUCGGCCCCUGCCUCAACUGCAGGAGGUGGACCUUUCCCGAAAUCAGCUGGCCUAUGUGCCAGAUGUUUUUACUCCGCUGAAGCAGUUAACCCUUCUGAGCUUAGAUAAGAACCUGUGGAGCUGCACUUGUGACCUCCACCCACUUGCUCGGUUUUUAAGAAACUACCUGAAGUCUUCUGCUCACACGCUCAGGAACGCCCCGGGCCUGAGUUGCCAGCCACCCAGUCCAGCCGGGGCAGCCGCCAAGAGCCUGCUGAGGCUUUCUAAGAGCAACUGCGAUUCCAAAGCAACCAGCCUCUCACUGGCUGCAAAGGACAGAAGUCUCCUCCUGCUAGGGCAGGAUGUGGCCCUGCUGACAGUCCUUGGCUUUGCAGGAGCUGUUGGUCUCACUUGCCUGGGUCUGGUUGUAUUUAACUGGAAACUCCAAAAAGGCAAAACAAAUGAACACACAUCAGAAAACCUUUGUUGCAGAACCUUUGAUGAACCCCCAUGUGCUCAUGAGGCACGAAAUUACCAGGCUAAGGAAUACUGUAACUGCCACUUAACUCAGGAAAAUGAGAUAAAGGUCAUGUCCGUUGUGGGGUCCAGAAAGGAAAUGCCACUUUUACAGGAAAACAGCCAUCAAACAACAUUGGCCUCUGAGUCCACAGCCCUUGACAGAUCAUUUAGAAAUCUGAAAGAGAAGGAGCGUGGGGCGGACAGCACUUUCCUUUGCCUGGAUGGCAGAUUGCCACAGUCGGGAUGUUCAGAGCCUCCUGGGAACACGGCAUCUUUUAAUGAAGCAGACUUACUUGCAAGAUAUUGUCCAAAACGAGCUGAAAAGCUAAGGAAUCUUGAGCAUGGAGAAGUCCAACCUCAAAUCCUGCCACAGCCUGUGAUGACAGCAAUAGAUAUCAGCAGUGACACAUUUAGAAGAAGAUAUGCAACCACCACUGCAGCCUUGGCAAGAGAAAGUCUUGAAAAGCAUUUAACAAAUGAAUCAUGGCAACCUCCAAUAGGAAAAGAAGACAAUGGCUUACAAUCUCACAGGCAGAGACAUUUUAUUAUGUGCUCAUCGUCCAAGCCUUGUGAGCCUGAGGAACAUUAUAUACAAAAGAUCUCACAAAAACAUAGAUUUAAAUAUGAUGAUCCCUGUGGACUGUUAAAACAGAGCAGACCGAGGUAUUUUCAGCCAAACAAUUCUCUUAUCUGUAAAUAUGUGCCCUUUGAUCAGUUUCAAGAUUAUGUGAAAGAAAAGAAGCCGAAUUGUAGAGAACAGCCAAAUCCUGGGAAAGAACAAAUUCAAAUUAACAGUGCGAUAGAAAAAUUCCUUAUGAGUACGGACAACCUCGAUUUACCAGGGUUAUCAACAAAAAUCAAGAAAACAUAUUCCCCAAAGAGGGUUAGCGUGCAUGAUUCUGAUUUAGCUGAAAAAAAUAGAUUGAUGAUGUUACCCCACACAUCAGCUCAUUGGAAACAGCAGAAAAAUCUAAGUAACCAACUGACUAAGUUAGAUCUCAAAAAAUGUAGCAAUCCUGGGGAAAUAAGCAAAGGAGAAAAAUGGUUUACCGAAUCACAGAUUCUGAAAAAGAAGAGAACCAGUCAAUCUGAACUCAAAGGGAAAAUUAAAGGACAAAAUUUAAAGAUAAAAUUAAAUUUGCAUCCAUUUAGAAAAGUCAGAGUCCAUCCAGAAAAAUGCUUGUCAGAACUCUCGAAGAAAAGUAAGCAAGUGUUGUUACCGCCCAAGAAAUUAUCCAAAACUUCCAAGAAAAAAGCCAAAAUAAACCUUGUAUCUUCCAUUGAUGUUCCUCAACAGCUAGACAGUAGCCAUGUUAGACUCACUUCAAAGAGACUGCUUCGCAAGCACGCCCCAAAGCAGACUCCAUGUUACAAACAAAACACUAAAAAUGCCGCUGUGCUCAGUGCUAACAACUUUUCUGUCAUUAAUCAUGACUCUGUAGAAGGUAACUGUCAUCCAGCUGGUCACAUUCCUGAUGGGAACCCAUCACCAUUGCCUCAGCCCGAACAAAUGGAAGGCCCAACUCAGCUAGGAAGGGGAGUUCCUAGUCAUUUACCAACUACUUGGGAAAAGACAGCAAAUGAUGUUUUAAUAUCCGAGUAUUCCAGGGGGGCGACUGACCAAGGGCCCACUGACCACGUGGGGCAGAACCUAUCAAAGACCAGUGAGCUAAAUCAGUUUUCUUUAUCCCUGGGGAACCAAACACAACUUUUAGGCAUCUACCAGACUGACACAUUGAACGAGGAAUACGGGUUAGAUCAGAACCAAGCUUUACAACACCAAGUUCAAAACUCAAGUCACGAACUACUUGGAAAUGAAGGAAAAACAUUAAUAACAAUCCCCCCAGUGUUAAAUCAGAUUGUGGAAAAAUGUAUUAUAGAUAAGGAAGGAAAUGAUACAGGAAAAAAUCUUCCUAAGACAGAAACUUAUGAUUCCUCUCUUAUUGUCCAGAUUCAAUCCAAGAACAACCUAUCAUUUAUGAAAACAAAUUCAAUUCCAUACCAAAAUCGAAUAGAGCUUCCCAAGGACAUUGGAAUUUCUCCUCUUCGUAGUCAAGCCACUUGGCAUCUACCCAAUAGUAGUGAAAACGGGAUUGACAGCACAAACGCAUUGCCCAGGGACGUUGGCACGGAAGCCCUGGAGGCAAACAUAGUAGCGAAAGAAGAGAAAAAUAUGCUUUAUGAAAGCGAGACAGAUUCUAGUAUGUUAAUUCAGACCACACAAAGGGCCUUAAGAGGCACCACAAAGGAAAGGCGGCAAACUUGGGAAAAUGGGAAAAGUGAAAAAAACACAUUAUACAGUUCAAGCUCUGCCGAGGAGAGUGUUGCAGCCAAAGAUUUGAGUAUCACAAGUUCCCAUGAAGCCAAAAAUAAAAUACUUCAAAGUGAAAUAAAUCUUCAAAUUAACAGUAAUGUGCAUAAUUUGAGAGAAGUUCAAAAUAUUCAGCCGGAUGAAGACCACAGUGCGGAGGAAGAAGGCGCAGUGACAGUGGAGACACAUGAAAUGCUUUCCCUCUUACGGGAGUUGAAAGAUGGUUCUGAGGCAGAAAAUGAGGUGCCUCUAAUUCCUAGCAGAAUAAAUGAAGCUGAAAACUCUGCUCUGAAACCUUCACUGUCCCCACCGUCUGCUGAAUAUGCUAAUAUGUCACAUUUAGGAGCAGAACAAAGUGAACAAAGUAACUCAAAUAAUAAUCAUUUUCUAUUUUAG